AUUGAAAGUAAGAAAUUAAAAAUAUUUCAUUAGAAUAUUUAUGGAUCAAGCUACAUAAGAUUUACAAGAAAAUUGGAAUGAGGUAAAUGAUUAUUGUAAUUUAAAUAGCAAGUCGAAACAUUCGAAGAAUUGACAUUGGGCAAAGAUUUAUUGAGAGGCAUCUUUUCUUACGGUUUCGAAAGACCAUCAGCCAUCCAGCAAAAGGCCAUUAAACCAAUCAUACUUGGCAAAGACGUAUUGGCACAAGCCUAAUCAGGUAUAGACUCCAAUUUUAUAUAAUCUAAUAGGAACUGGAAAGACAGGUACAUUCACCAUUGGUGCCUUACAAAGAAUAGACCCAAAUUAGAGAAAGACUCAAGUCAUCAUUUUGGCACCAGUUAGAGAAUUGGCAAAGCAAAUUUAUGAUGUUGUCAAAGGAAUUGGAUAAUAUUUAAAUAUUGAAGCCUUUUGUUGCAUUGGAGGAACCUCAACCCAAGAAACAAGAGAGAAAUGCAAAUAAGGUGUGCACAUCAUCAUUGCCACUCCAGGAAGAUUGAUUGAUAUGAUGAAAAACAAAUAUUUGGAUGCCACAUUCAUGAAAUUAUUAGUUGUUGAUGAAGCUGAUUAGAUGUUGGAUCAAGGAUUCAGUGAUAACUUCGCUGAAAUUCUUAAAAUGGUACCAGGAGAUAUCUAAAUUGGUAUACAUUCAUCAUUUAUUCUAUAUAGCAUUGUUUAGUGCAACAUUCCCAUAAGAAAUUAUUGAAUUGAGUAAAUAAUUCUUAAGAGAUGGAACAGCAAAGAUUUUAGUCAAGAAGGAAUAAUUGACCUUGGAAGGUAUUAGAUAGUUCUACAUUGCCAUUUAAUAAGAAGACCAAAAAUUCAGAGUUUUGGUUGAAUUAUACAAGAAUCUUACAGUUUCAUAAUCAAUCUUAUUUUGCAAUUCCAAAAAGACAGUCGAUGAUCUCUAUGAUAAAUUGACAGCAGAAGGUUUUACAGUUAGUAAAAUCCAUAGUCAAAUGGAAUAAAAGGAAAGAGAAUAAGUAAAUUCAUCAUCUCUAUUCGAUUAGGUUAUGUAAGAAUUCAAAAAGGGAGCUGCAAGAAUCCUAGUAUCUACAGAUCUUAUGGGAAGAGGUAUUGAUGUUCAAUAAUUAUCUUUGGUUAUCAAUUAUGAAUUCCCAAGACUCAAGGAAUAAUACAUUCACAGGUAUCAUUCAUUUUAAUCUAUUAUUUAGAGUUGGAAGAGCUGGUAGAUAUGGUAGAAAGGGAGUUGCAAUCAACAUGGUUGCUCAAUAAGAAGCUAAUCUCUUAUUAGAAGUUGAGAAGUAUUACAACACUAAAAUCGAUGAGAUGCCCAAGGAUUUGGCUGAAGUAGAGAAGGAAUUAAGUUGAAAAAUCAGUAUAUGUAUAAAUAAGAGUAUAUAUAUUAAAUUAAAU